UUGAAAAGAGCAGACAAAGGCUUUGAGCUCAGGACGCUCCUCUCUCCCUCGCACUCUGCCCACAAAGCCAGCCUGAACUCUCGUCUUUUCCGCUUUUUCCCCCACUCUGUCAUGAAGCUGCCCUGUAACCAGCAGCGCUAAGACUCCCGCUUCAGCGCACACUUCCUCCUUCUGAAAUGUACGACCGUCUGGAUCCCCGCUCGGCCGCCGGAGGAAGGCUUUUUGUGGGUAUAAUACGAGGAAGCGUCGUCUGAGAGAAGAGGGAGAGAGGGGGGAAGGAUUGAAGCUUUUUCCUCCUCUCCUCCUCCUUCUUCCCUUCACCCCCUUCUUCCUGCUCCUUUUUUGGCGGAUUGCGGGGUUCAAGCAGGAAUUAACGUCUUUCCCCACCGUUUUUGCUUUAAAAAUACCCGUUUGAAUCCUGCUGCGCAACCAGACCGGAUCACGUGGCACCAGAGAGAGUUGGAUCGAUUUUGCACAGUUCAGAGUGAGAGUAGGAGUUAAAAAACAAGAGCUGCACACAACUCCUGUUUUUCUACUUUUUUGAUAACUGGGACUGUUGUUACUUUUGCAUAAUUUCAAGUGCAGAAGGUGUUUUUUCAGCCUUGGAGGUGUGGAGUAUUGAUUCUUAUAUGCCUGGGUUUUGAAAAACAAUGGAGACGCACAUUUCGUGCCUCUUCCCAGAAAUUUUGGCCAUGAUUUUCAGCUACCUGGACGUGAGGGACAAAGGCAGGGUGGCCCAAGUGUGCAUCGCUUGGAGGGACGCGUCCUACCACAAGUCAGUGUGGAGGGGGGUGGAAGCCAAGCUGCACCUCCGCCGGGCAAAUCCCUCCUUGUUCCCCAGCCUCCAGGCCAGGGGGAUCCGGAGAGUCCAGAUCUUGUCCCUGCGCCGCAGCCUGAGUUAUGUCAUCCAGGGGAUGCCCAACAUAGAGUCCCUUAACUUGUCUGGCUGCUACAACCUAACUGAUAAUGGGUUGGGCCACGCAUUUGUGCAGGAGAUCCCAUCUCUUAGGGUUCUGAACCUAAGUCUCUGCAAGCAGAUCACAGACUCCAGUCUAGGCAGGAUCGCCCAGUAUCUGAAGAACCUAGAGGUGCUGGAGCUUGGCGGCUGCAGCAACAUCACGAACACCGGGCUUCUGUUGAUAGCCUGGGGCCUCCACAGACUUAAGAGCCUCAAUCUGAGGUCCUGCAGGCAUGUCUCAGAUGUGGGGAUUGGACAUUUGGCAGGCAUGACCCGGAGUGCAGCAGAGGGCUGCUUAAACCUGGAGUACCUGACCCUCCAAGACUGUCAGAAACUGACAGACCUGUCACUCAAACACAUCUCGAAGGGGCUGACCAAGCUGCGGGUGCUGAAUUUAAGCUUCUGUGGGGGGAUCUCAGAUGCUGGGAUGAUCCACCUGUCUCACAUGACCUCCCUGUGGAGCCUCAACCUGCGCUCCUGUGACAACAUCAGCGACACGGGAACUAUGCACCUUGCGAUGGGCACCCUUAGGCUCUCUGGGCUGGAUGUCUCCUUCUGUGACAAGAUCGGGGACCAGACCUUGGCGUACAUCGCUCAGGGACUGUACCAGCUCAAGUCCCUGUCCCUGUGCUCCUGCCACAUCUCAGAUGACGGGAUAAACCGGAUGGUGAGGCAGAUGCAUGAACUGAGGACCCUGAACAUUGGACAGUGCGUGCGCAUCACAGACAAAGGGCUGGAGCUCAUAGCUGACCACCUGACCCAGCUGGUGGGCAUUGACCUGUAUGGAUGUACCAAGAUCACCAAAAGGGGACUGGAGCGAAUCACGCAGCUCCCCUGCCUUAAAGUGUUGAACCUGGGACUCUGGCAGAUGACAGAGAGUGAAAAAGUGAGGUGAUUGGGAUUGUUUUGGUGUGUGUUUGUGUGUGUGUGUGUUUUUUUUUUUUUGGAAUGCAAAGGGGUCACAAGGAGCAGGAGGAGUUGGGGUGAAUAGCUGAGGUGGUUUUCUUUUAUUUAAAAAGAGAAAACCCCUCCCUGCAUCCUCCUGUGUAAGGUGAGCCUCUUCCAUUUGACCUGACUCUUUUCAGCUCUUUAACUUUUCAUUCUGUUUGCCCUGCAGGAUGUAAUAAUAUAAGACUUAAUAGAAAUCAGUUAAAAUCUUACAUGUUUUGAGAUGUUAACACAUUUGAGUUUUAAUAUCUCAAGAAAUCUGACCUGAACCGCAGUAACUUAGCUUAAUUUUCAAACAAGUUCUAAUUUUCAGUUUUCUAAUUGUAAAACUUUGAUCCCUGACACUUGCAACCAUCCAAAAUCCUUUUUAUAUUCAAAGCAAAGAAAGGUUGUUAAAACUUAUGAAUGAGAUUUAUUUUUGCUACGAGUUCAGAUUUGACGACUAAUCUGCGCUACAGCCAUCACGCCUAAUAAAUGUUUGGCUACCUCGUAUGUGGUUGUUUUUAGAGGAUGUAUACAGUUCAAAAAGAAAGAAAGCUGAGAAAUGAGACUGGUAGAAAAUGUGCCUAAAGGGACUGUGGCCGCCCCCUCCCCCAUCCCUCCCUCCCACCAUUCUUCCACGAGUAGAGCCAGAGAAAGGAGACUAGUACACAAUCUGACUACCUUUGUUAAUUUAACCCUAUAAACGGCACCCAUUUUCUGUGGAGUUUGGUCCAAUUACGAGCCGACGUUGCUUCAUGGAAAAUUCCCUAAAUCAAGCGUCAAGCAAAAGGUUUCUCAUUGUGUGUUUGCUUCAUUCUUUAAGGGAUAAGGUCCAACUUUAAUGUCCUUUUUGGCAGGAAUAUGAGCAUGCCCCCUGGCAAAAAACCCAGACUUGUUUUAUUGUGGCUAGGCAUGGGUCAGUAUAAAGUACUUGCAGUAUAGGUAAAAAUGCAAACAUUUUAAACAAAUAACAUUGCUUUUAUUUUAAAAAGUGAAAAAAAUAUUCCUUCUGCUGCAAAAAAAAUAGAACAAUAACUGAUUUUGAUACAUAGAUGUAAAUCAAAAAUACAGGAAGAAAUAGAGAUGCACCAAUCAGCAAGAGAAAGGGCUUGGCCUAUUUUUGUAUUUUGAUGCACUUUUAAGUUUAUUAAAAAUUUAUUAUGGUUUAUAACAUCUGCUUUGAUGCAUACAUCAGGAUAAUCUUGCCAUUCUCUAGGUUUUACUUUGACUCAAAACUACUCCCAAUAAUCAAGAAAGCCUUUUGUGUGUCAGUCAUUAGAAAACAAAAAUCACAAUCGGCCGGUGGGGGCACAAAGAAAAUGAGAAAUUGGAAUUGGCCCGUAAAAGCCUGUUCGUUGCAUCUUUAGAGAAGACCCUUGUUGAACUUGGCCAUUUUAAUGGGAGGCACUACUUCAUUUCCACAACAUGAAAGGCUUUUUUUUACAACCAGAACUGUUUCUGAACAGUCAAGAUUUUUUUUGUAAGCCAAAGAAAAUAGAAGAAAGAGGAGGAGGAUAAAAAACAAACAAACACUGGGAUUGGCGGGUAUGGCAGUUAAGAAAACCAGAAAUUGGUAUUGGCCGGUAAAAGCCAGAUUGGUGCAUCUCUAGAAAAAAAGGGUAAUUUUCAUGGUUGGCGCUCCUUUGGUUUCCACACCAGUAUGGUCUGUGUAUUUUUGAAAAACCAAAUGUGUCUUUCUUAUGAACAAGGAGAAAAUUGUAGAAGCCUUCUUUCAGCCAGCUCACUGGCAGUGUGCAGCAGCAGGUGGUGUAGAGGCAGAGUUGCAUCACUUUAUGCUCCACACAGCCAGAUUUAUUUAGGGGGUCUUUAAAUCAGAGAAAAAAGAUUGGAAGUAACAUAUUAGCGGUUUUCAAGCUGUAAUAAAUUGAUAUACCUUAAUAAUAACCGGCCCAUGCCUAAUUAUGACAAGGAUACGGACAAGAAAAGGGUAUAAUAAUAGUUAUAUUACGCCUUGUAGGUCCUGUUGAGCUGUUGGUAUUUAAGGGAUGCUGGUGGAGAUGAGUGCUCAGAGUACUUCAAAUUGAAGUGUUUUCUAUGUUUUACCCUUUAUUAAUCGCAACAAAUCAGGGUUUGUCUUGUGCUCUUAUUUUCCCACGUUAGUACAGACGCAUUCAUAUUCAUGUUGCCCUUACCGGUGCAGUUUUGCUUUUUCUUUCUCAUUUAUUCCCUCUUCUUCAUUUUUGAAUAAAAAUACCCUCCGAAUCAAUUCUGAGACAUGCUUAGAAUAAAUUGCAAUCGAUUAUUUUUCCUUCCCCUAUCCCUCGAGUUUUGGGUUGCAACAAGCAGAAAAUACGUCUUUUUCUCAUUUUGCCGUCCUUCUUUUCAAAAACACACGCAUAUUUAGACUGUACACACAUGCACACGUGCACACUGACGCCAGUGUGUGCGCAUUUCUAUUGUAAUGCAAUGACCUGCUAGAAAAUGAAUAUAAACGGAUGUGCGUCCUGCUGAAGAAGCUGUGUGUGUGUGUGUGUGUCUUUGACAAUAAAGAGAUGUACUGUAUAUUAUGUGUUUGUAAAGAAAAGGAAUGCAGAAUCCCAAAUUAAAUUGUUUUAUAUUCUUACGGUUUAAAACAAUUAAAGAUAUUUAUAUAAUGAACAAA